UGAACAGGGUAAUCGAGAAUCAAUUGAGACAAUUGGCAUCACGCUAAUUUAGUCUGAUUGUUCAAUUUUAGUUGGCUAUUUAAAUGCUAAAACAAGAAGAUAUUGUUAUAAAUAUUAAAAGUGCUUUAAAUUACGCAAGAUGUCAACGAAAUUGUGGAAAGCACUGACCAGGAAGAGAAUCGACAGGGAUUUAGAGGGCAAAGGUAAAUUAGCAAGAGUCCUGGGCUUGUUUGAUCUCACAGCACUAGGAGUCGGCGCUACUUUGGGAUUGGGAGUUUAUGUCCUUGCCGGAAGCGUUGCCAAAGCAACUGCUGGCCCCGCUGUUUGUGUUUCGUUUCUUAUUGCCGCUAUUGCGUCAGCUCUCUCAGGAAUGUGCUAUGCCGAAUUUGCUUCACGUGUCCCCAAGGCAGGCUCGGCUUACGUUUACAGCUAUGUAACAAUCGGCGAAUUUGUAGCUUUUGUAAUCGGGUGGAAUCUCAUCCUCGAGUAUGUAAUCGCGACCGCAAGUGUAGCUCGAGGGCUGAGCAAUUACGUUGAUUCCUUGAUUGAUAAUCAAAUGAAGAUUUAUUUUCAAUCAGUCAUGCCAAUAAAUGUGUCAUUUCUCUCAAAAUAUCCAGACUUUUUUGCCUUUUCCGUCGUCAUGCUUCUCUCUGUGCUUCUAUGUAUAGGCGCACAGGAAUCUUCGUAUCUUAAUAUGGGAUUUACAGCUGUAAAUUUGACGACAGUUUUAGUCGUCAUUGUUGCGGGUUCAAUAAAAGCUAAUCCAGCAAAUUGGAAUAUCGACCCUUCAACAAUUCCUCCCGAAUUUAAAAAUGCUGGAACAGGUGGAUUUAUGCCUUUUGGAAUAAGUGGAGUAAUGAUUGGAGCAGCCAAGUGUUUUUAUGGAUUUGUUGGUUUUGACGCUGUUGCUGCAACGGGCGAAGAAGCCAAAAAUCCACAAAAAACAAUUCCACUUGCAAUAGUGAUCUCUCUUGCUGUUAUUUUUGCAGCGUAUUUCUCCAUUUCUACUGUUCUUACAAUGAUGUGGCCCUACUACUUACAGGAUACAGAAGCACCACUUCCUUAUGCAUUCCAACAAAUUGGUUGGUCAUCAAUAAAGUGGAUCGUGAAUCUCGGAGCUGUUUCAGCUCUCUGCACUAAUCUUCUAGGCUCGAUGUUUCCACUUCCAAGAAUUCUUUACGCCAUGGCAAGUGACGGUGUGAUGUUUAAGUUUCUUUCAAAAAUUCACGACAAAACUCGCACUCCAAUUUGUGGAACUUUAGUUUCUGGAGUUUUUAUAGGUCUCAUGACUCUUAUGUUCGACUUGGAACAAUUGAUCGACAUGAUGUCAAUCGGUACUCUCUUAGCGUACACCAUAGUCGCUAUUUCCGUCCUUGUUCUCAGGUAUCAAAAAACAACACAAGGUGUCAAGAUAUCUACAAAUUCGAUAUCCGAACAACGUCCAACUCCUCUUGAAUAUUUCAAACAAAUUUUUAACGUUGACAAUCAAACAGUUACCAGCGAUUUUUCUAGUGAGAUUGCCAGCUGGGGAAUUGUUGUUUUUGCCUCAGCAGCAUUUAUGUUUGGUUUAAUUCUUAAUUCAGUACACUUUGAUGAUAGUGCAAUUAAUAUUUUCCUUUACGUUGUUUUAAUUGUUAUAAGUAUAAUUAUUGUUGUUACUGUGUUUGCUAUUAGUAGACAACCUAUUGAUCCAAUAAAACUCGCUUUUAAGGUACCGCUGGUUCCAUUCGCGCCUUGUCUUAGUAUAUUCAUAAAUUUAUUUUUAAUGCUUCAAUUAGACGUUUUUACAUGGAUUAGGUUUGCUGUAUGGAUGGUUAUCGGUUUUUGUAUCUACUUUUUCUAUGGAAUUAAACAUAGUUUACAAGGUCAAAAAAAUAUCGCACGACUUCUCGACACUCCAUUGCAAUAAAAUAUUUCUAAGUUAUUUUAUAACUCUUUUACGUUUUCAUUAAUAUCAUUGAAUGACUUUUUAAUUAAUAUUUUGUAAAUAUAUUACAUUAAGUAUUAAUAUGUAUCUAAUAAAUUUCAGAUUAUAAUAUUUAUAAUUGGUUUUAUUUUAGCAGUGACAGUAUAAAAAUAAUCC